UGCACAGCUAGUAGAGGUCUGGGUUCACCACCACCACCAAGUGCCAGGGCUGUGAGUAGCUUCCUAGAUAGGUUCUGGGAGCAAGACGAGACGGGGUUUCCACACGCAGCCAUCUGAGAUCUGAUGAAAUGGGGAUAGAAGUGACAGGAUGGAAUCCGGAGCUGGCCGCGCUGGACACGCAUCGUCUCUUCCCUGCGGUGGCCAGAGCUGGGACGGCCUGGAAGAAGAGGAGGAAGAGAGAUCUGAGACAAGCCUGCCUCCUGGACCGGCCCCUAGAGUCCAGAAUUUUUCUCACUGCCUAGCCGGGGAGGGGCUGCUUUCAGCCCCCUCUUUUUUUUUUGUCCUCGUUUACUUUCUAGGAUAAAGAAAUUGGUUACGUGACCGCUGGGACUCAGAUUAACCCCAGGGGGAAAGGUCGCCCUCCAAAAACUCCCCGUCUCCUAUCUUCGAGGUGGACUUUCAGAGUCACAAAGUACAAAUCCUGGUGAUUUCCCGUUUCUCCGCUCCUUUCUUUUCCCCAGUCACCCCGAACGCCUGGCCCGAACAACUUGCUCUGACUUCUCCGCAAGUGGAAGAUCCGCUUCCCCUUUCUUAGAUCCUCAAGAAAAGUCUAAAACCCUUUAGCAAUUCGCAUGGUACCUGAGUGCUCCCAGGAUGAUGACGCUUCCUCCAGGGACAGUGUUCAGCGAUGCCCUCUGCAUGCAGUCACCUUUUCUUGGUACACCAAGCUAAGCACCGGGGUCAAAUUCCCACCUCUUGAAACCGACAACAUUGAAUUCCAUCUGGUCCCACAUCGCAGGCCUCAGAGUGGAUUUUUGCACCUGCUUUUCUUUUGCCAACACUCCAUGCAAUCCCAGCCUUCUCUUUCCGACUGUGCAAAUCAAACCUGUUUUCAUCCUUGCUAUCCUUGAACCCUGCGAACUCUGCCGCCUGCCUCGGGUUCUGUGUUUAUCACCCGCGACGGAAGGAGCCGGCCGCAGUGACCCUCCCCAAGGCCCUGCAGGACCGCCAUGGCUUAUGAUGACUCCGUGAAGAAAGAAGACUGCUUUGAUGGGGACCACGGCCUGGAGGACAUAGGGCUCGCGGCCGGCCGGAGCCAGCGCGAGAAGAAGCGCUCUUACAAGGACUUCCUGCGGGAAGAGGAAGAGAUUGCGGCGCAGGUCAGGAAUUCUUCCAAGAAGAAGUUAAAGGAGAGCGAGUUCUACUUCCUGGGGACGGACGCCUACCGGAAGAAGCGGAAGCACUGCCCCGACGACGAGUACUACUAUGGAGAUCUUUCGCCUUUGGAAUCAUCACAGAAGAAAAAGAAAAGGUCCAGCCCACCCUCCUCCUCCUCCUCCUCCGUCACCGCUGCCGCCACCGACACAGCCAUGGACCUCUUGAAAGCCAUCACGUCCCCGCUGGCCCCGGGCUCCAAGCCGCUGGCCAGGAAGAUGGGGGAGAAGCCCCCCGGCGCCCCCGGCCACUCGGAGAGCCGGCGGGAGCACCACCGCAAGAAAAGCAGCGGCGGGGAGCCGCCCCCUGACGACGGGGCCGCCCACCGGUCCAAGAAGAUGAAGCCCCUCUACGUGAAUACCGAGACCCUGACCCUGCGGGAGCCCGACGGGCUCAAGAUGAAGCUGAUCCUCUCGCCGCAGGAGAAGGGCGGCGGCCCCACGGACGAGGACCCUUUCCCCUACCCGUCGGCACCCCAGGCCGCCGCCGCCGCCACCAAGAAGCCCCCCAAGAAGGCGGUCCGGGACGAGCCCGGCGGCCCGCUGCUCCUGGCACCCGAGCUGCCCGGCUUCCUGAAGGCGGCCCGCAGGAAGCACCGCUCGCCCUCGGACCCGCACGCCUCGCCCGGUCCCGACGAUGCCCCGCCGUUCCUCCCGGACGCCCCCCGCGCCGACCUGGACCUCCCGGGGCUCGACCCCGUCCAGGCGGAGUCGGCGUCUUCCUCGGGCGCCGAGCUCGAGGCCGGCGAGCUGGUCAUCGAUGACUCGUACCGGGAGAUCAAGAAGAAGAAGAAGUCCAAGAAGAGCAAAAAGAAGAAGGACAAGGACAGGCACCGCGAGCGGCGGCACGCCAAGGCCAGGAGGAGUUCGGGACUCGCGACGGCGGGCGCCGCUUCUGCUGCCGGCGGCGGCGGCGAGGCCGCACUGACCCCCGGGCCCCCUCCCAGCGCCCCUCCGCCUCCAGCCCCGCCCCCGCCCCCGCCCCCGCCCCCGCCCCCGCCCCCCAGCCUCCACACGGAUGGGCACAGCGAGAAGAAGAAGAAGAAGGAGGACAGAGACAGAGAUCGGGAGAGAGGAGAGAAGCCCAAGAAGAAGAACAUGUCCGCCUACCAGGUGUUCUGCAAGGAGUACCGCGUGAGCAUCGUGGCCGACCACCCGGGCAUCGAUUUCGGGGAACUGAGUAAAAAAUUGGCAGAGGUGUGGAAGCAGCUCCCGGAAAAGGACAAACUGAUCUGGAAGCAGAAAGCUCAGUAUCUCCAACACAAGCAGAACAAAGCUGAAGCCACGACUGUGAAGAGAAAAGCGUCCGGCUCUGAGGGCGCCGUGCGCGGGAAAGCCUCUUCCACAGGGGUGCUCUCGCCCCAGAAGAAGUCCCCGCCCACCACCAUGCUGUUACCUGCCUCGCCUGCCAAAGCCCCUGAGACUGAGCCCAUUGACGUCGCUGCUCACCUCCAGCUGUUGGGAGAAUCCCUGAGCCUCAUUGGCCACCGCCUGCAGGAAACAGAGGGCAUGGUGGCCGUGUCCGGCAGCCUCUCCGUGCUGCUGGACUCCAUCAUCUGUGCGCUCGGCCCCCUGGCGUGUCUCACCACCCAGCUGCCUGAACUCAACGGCUGCCCCAAGCAGGUCUUGUCCAACACGCUCGACAACAUCGCCUACAUCAUGCCGGGACUGUGACAGAGCCGCCCGCCCAGUGCUGGUUUGUGUACGUGACUGUUCAGACCCUCCCUGGCCUCCGGGUCUAGGUUUUAAAUUUUUAUAUAUAGAUACACACACACACACACACACACACACACGUGCGCGCGUAUAUAAUGUAUAAUAUAUACAUAGGACUGUAACUACUACUUUGCUUUUAAUAAUUGUAUGAAAUGGCAAAAGGUUUAGCCAAGAGGAAACCUUGGCAUGAAGAGGGUUGUCAGAUUCUUUUUUUUUUUUUCUCCUGUGGUGGAUAUUUCUGCCUUAAAAAUCAGUGUAACUUGGGGGCUGGCGGGGGGGUGCUUGUUCCGGGUGCCACGCGCAACUCCUGACAGAUGGCUAGAAUGUGAUUUUUUUUUUUUUCCUGAGACUCGGUGGUACCUCCAGACCCAUCAUCACUGACCAUUUGCCUUACCUGUCUCGCAGUCCACAGUGUGAUAGGAAAGAUUGUGGGAAGGUGCCAGUGAGCUGCAGGUACCCAGUCCAGCACUCUUCCGCUCCGAGGGACGGGAGGGGGUGAGGGGGGGCGGGGAGCUGGGGUCAGGGCUCGUCCUGAUUCCUGCCGUGCGGGUGACCGUGUCUUGAACCCGGUCAGGAUCCUUGGUACCGCGGCAGCCUCCGCAGAGGCUGGGGCACCACCCCGUGUGCCCGGGCCAUGUCAGACACCCCGGGGGUUAAAGCUGCCGGUGCCGGGAAGGGGCCUCCGGAGACUUAGCAGAACUCCUCCGCCCGGGAGGCCUCCAGGCUUCACUGUUCAGCUACUUCGUGCCGGUGGCUGGAGAUGAACUUGACGCAGCGUGACUUUGAGCUCGUCUCACGGGCUCCCCCCGUGGGCAGGCCCACCGCGGCGCUGUCUUCCGCAAGCCAGUCAGCUGCAAAAAAAAAAAAAAAAGAGUACCUGAUUCUUGUCUAGAUUUAUUUAUGUGUGCGUGUGAAUGUAUGUUUUAAUUACGUGUAUUUAACUCUCCCGGAUCUUAGGUUUUAAUUUAUCCUGUAAAUUUCUGUACAUAUAAUUUAAUAACGAAAGCCCCCACCAGCAGCGGCGCCCAGCAGAUAACAGGUCCUUCGUCUCUCGCUCCUUCCUCCCCUCCCCUCCCCCGGCCUCUCUGGUCUCCACUGAGCCGUGUCGGUCAUCAGCUUCCAGUCGAAGGUCCCGCACCUCCCCCAGACAGCACCAACAGCAACAACAACGACAGCCGCCAUCAGUUACAUUCAGAUUCUCGUUCCUGCCCAGGAACGUCACGGCCUCCGGUCAGGAGGUGAGAUACGGGGCGAUGGCUCCAGUCCCGGCUGCCUCCGUUUCCAAGGACCGACUCUUGCGCACGGCUGACACCUCUUGGCCCUGGAGCGGGGGAGCAUCCCUGCCCCGCGCCACCGCCUUCCCCCGCCCGAGCGGGACCUGGUGUGCGCCAAGGCCCGUUCCCCAGGGCGAAGGCUCCCGGCAGCUCCUGGCGGCUUCCGGAAUGCCCUUCUCGGCCCGGAGGAGUGGGGGGGUUCACUGAGCAAACAGAAGGAGACCCGCACGCUGGAGACCCAGCAUCAGCAAGAGCGGAAGUCUGGGCUCGACGUCUGAGCCGGGACCCAGUUCCCAGAGAGUGGCCCAGGCCUCGGAGGGCACUGAAGACCCGGGCCAGGGCGGAGGUGCCAGCUCACCCUCCCCCCCCCCCGUGGCCAUUUGUACACACUCAUGAACUGCCCCGCCCCAGCCCCGGCCGACUCUCCCUUGGCACCCCCGCCCCGCCCCCGCUGUUGUCUUUGUAUGUGAAAUUUGUACACAUUUGUAUAGUGAUCUGUACCUUGGCGGCGUUUGGUACUAGCAGGGGAGAAACUUUGGAUCCAGACCUUCUUGCAGUUUUUUAUAUCAUUGUUUUAUUUCGUUUUUUUUUUUAAAAAAAUAAAUUCUAGCGGUUUGAUCCAAACCCCAUGACAAUUGUAUAAAGAAAUAAAAUUUUGUACUUAUAUUAUUAAAAAAAAUCACAUUUUUUAAGA